CAAUUCCCCGUGUAAGAGUGAGGUGGAGGAGAACAUUCCAGUCCAUGUGACCACAGAAAAUCCCAGUAAGAUCUCUGAGGGAAACUUCAUCUUAUCACUAAAUUAUAAAGGAGAAGAUGAAGAUAUCGGGCAUGGCUCUUCAGGAGAAACCCUCAUUACCUGUAAUGUCCACCCAGGACUUCACAGAACAGAUCUGUCAUAUAAUGCUCCUAAUCAUAAGGAACCUUCUUCUGACCAAUCACAUAUUGUUAUCACAAGUACGGGGCCAAAAGAGGUUACAAGUUUUCAGUGUGGGGAAUGUGGAAAACAGUUUACAGACAUCUCAAGUCUAUAUGCACACAGAAGAAGUCACACAGGAGAGGAGCCAUAUUCAUGUUCAACAUUUGGGAAAUGUUUUAAGUAUGAAUCACAAAUCAUGAAGCAUGAGAAAAUUCACACAGUAGAGACGUCGUAUUCAUGUUCAGAAUGUGGCAAAUGUUUUACAAAAAAGUCAAAUCUUGUUAGACAUCACAGAAUUCACACAGGGGAGAAGCCAUUUCCAUGUUCAUGGAAAUGUUUUAUCACUAAAGAAAACCUCAAGGUUCAUGAGACAAUUCACAUAGGAGAGAAACCGUAUUCAUGUACUGAAUGUGGGAGACGUUUUAUUACUAAAGAGAAUCUCAAACUUCAUCAGAAUAUUCACACAGAAGAAGAAAAAACAUUUAUAUGCUCCAAAUGUGGUGACUGUUUUACAAAAAAGUCAGGUCUUGCAUCCCAUGAGAAAAUUCACACAGGAGAGAAGCCAUUUUCAUGUUCAGAAUGUGGCAAAUGUUUUAUCACUAAAGAAAACCUCAUGGUUCAUCAGAGAAGUCACACAGGAGAGAAACCGUUUUCAUGUUCAGAAUGUGGAAAAUGUUUUAUCAGAAAAGCACAUCUUGCUACACAUCAGAGAAUUCACACAGUAGAGAAGUCUUAUUCAUGUAUUGAAUGUGGGAGACAUUUUAUUACUCCAGAGAACCUCAAGGUUCAUGAGAGAAUUCACACAGGAGAGAAACCGUAUUCAUGUACUGAAUGUGGAAAACAUUUUACUACUGAAGAGAACCUCAAACUUCAUCAGAAAAUUCACACAGAAGAAAAAACAUUUAUAUGCUCCAAAUGUGGUGACUGUUUUACACAAAAGUCAAGUCUUACUACACAUGAGAAAAUUCACACAGGAGAGAAGCCAUUUUGAUUUUCUUCAUGUGAAAAUGAAAAAAUUACAAUUUGAAACUCAUCAGAGAAUUCACACAUAGAAGAAACAAAAUUCUUGUUUGGAAUGUGGAAGUGUUUACAGGCAUUAAACAGCCUAUAUGAGAGUAUAUUUUUCUGUGGAAUUAUAAUUUGGGUCUUUGGCAGACCCAGGGUAUUUCCCUGAGGUCAACAGUGACAAGGAUCCAUGGAGGAAAAGUAUUGUGGAUAUGAGGAAAAAGAAGAAGACUGUUGUUUACUUCAGAGCAGUGUAGAUGAUUGUCCCCAUGGACCUUGCUUCUUACCGUAUUCAUACCUCCGCCAACACUGCAAGAGAACCCAGAGAUACACGGUGAGAAACGGAAGGACACCUCCUGUAGACUUUUAUGUAACCUAUGUUGACUGUAGGAAGGCGCAAGGGUCCGUCAUUGAAGGAAGGUAUUGGUCACCAAGAUUCCUGGCCUCGGUGAGGUAAGAGCCGGUAAUUUUAAGUGUCAGCGGCAGUUACAGUUGACUGACACUAUUU